AAGUUUAUAAGUGCUGGUCAUUCAUUGUUUGAAUUAGUUAUCGCUGUUGUUACAGGUGGAGUGGUUAGACUGUCAUACAGGACAGUAACAAAACUUUUUUUUCUAUUGUAAUUUUAAAAGUAGAUUGUGUGAAAAUGAGGGAAAUCGUUCAUCUACAAGCUGGGCAGUGUGGGAACCAGAUUGGAGCCAAGUUUUGGGAGGUCAUCAGUGAUGAGCACGGCAUUGACCCCACUGGCACCUAUCACGGUGACAGUGAUCUGCAGCUGGAAAGGAUCAAUGUCUACUAUAAUGAAGCCACUGGUGGCAAAUAUGUCCCCCGUGCUGUCCUUGUUGACCUUGAACCUGGAACAAUGGAUUCUGUCAGGUCGGGACCUUUUGGGCAGAUUUUCAGACCAGACAACUUUGUCUUUGGUCAAAGUGGUGCUGGAAACAACUGGGCCAAAGGCCACUACACUGAGGGAGCAGAGCUUGUUGACUCUGUUCUGGAUGUCGUGAGGAAAGAGGCCGAGAGCUGUGAUUGCCUGCAGGGCUUCCAGCUCACUCACUCACUAGGUGGCGGCACAGGCUCUGGCAUGGGCACGCUGCUCAUCAGCAAGAUCCGGGAGGAGUAUCCUGACCGCAUCAUGAACACCUUCAGCGUGGUGCCUUCUCCCAAAGUGUCAGACACAGUUGUGGAGCCCUACAAUGCCACGUUAUCGGUGCAUCAGUUAGUGGAGAACACCGAUGAGACCUACUGUAUUGACAAUGAGGCGCUCUAUGACAUUUGCUUCCGCACCCUGAAGCUCACCACUCCUACCUAUGGAGACCUGAACCACCUGGUCUCUGCCACCAUGAGUGGCGUAACCACUUGCCUCCGUUUCCCCGGCCAGCUUAAUGCUGACCUCCGGAAGCUGGCUGUCAACAUGGUUCCUUUCCCCCGUCUGCAUUUCUUCAUGCCCGGCUUUGCCCCACUCACCAGUAGGGGGAGCCAGCAGUACCGUGCCCUCACUGUGCCAGAGCUGACGCAGCAAAUGUUUGACGCCAAGAACAUGAUGGCUGCCUGCGACCCGCGCCACGGCCGCUACCUCACGGUGGCUGCCGUCUUCCGCGGCCGCAUGUCCAUGAAGGAGGUGGACGAGCAGAUGCUGAACGUGCAGAACAAGAACAGCAGUUACUUCGUUGAAUGGAUCCCCAACAACGUCAAGACCGCCGUCUGCGACAUUCCACCCAGGGGCCUCAAGAUGGCAGCCACUUUCAUUGGCAACAGCACCGCCAUCCAGGAGCUGUUCAAGCGCAUCUCUGAACAGUUCACUGCCAUGUUUCGUCGCAAGGCCUUCUUGCACUGGUAUACUGGUGAAGGUAUGGAUGAGAUGGAGUUCACUGAGGCCGAGAGCAACAUGAAUGACCUGGUGUCUGAGUACCAGCAGUACCAGGAUGCCACUGCAGAGGAAGAGGGAGAGUUUGAAGAGGAAGGAGAGGAGGAGCUGGCAUAAACAUGUCUACAUGUGCAUCCUCUCUAACGCUCAAUGUUCUAUUGUCUUUUUUUCUGUUCUGUUUUGUUCUCUUUUAACUGUCUCUCUGCUACCAAAAUAAAGCAUUUGGACCAACACUUUCUAAUAAACACUUAACUUUGAUAA